GUCUUCCUCCGCAUCCACGUUCGAACAAUCGCCCAUCGCUGGACGCGCACGCUUCACCAACUUCGCCAAUCCCCGCACACCAUGUCUUCUGGAAGACCCGGCGAGAAGGUCGUGCACCAGGACUACAUCGCGCGAAUCCGCUACAGCAAUGCGCUGCCUCCGCCUCCAAACCCACCGAAGCUUCUCGAUAUACCCGGAACAGGACUGUCGAGUGGACAAUACACGAGCGCUGGCUACUCGUCGCGGCUCGCGCGAGACCAGCCGCUGAAUAUCGAGGCAGAUGCAGAGCUGGGCAUGCCGAUAGAUCUGAUUGGUAUACCCGGUAUUUUCGAAGGAAAGGAAGAAGCCAUCUCAUCGCGGCCCAAUGCUCGAGAACAAAUACAUCCUGCAGACCGAGCGCUACUCAAACCACUAAACCAGCUCGGCAAAGCAAAUGCAUCACAGGGAGCCGUCUCCUUCUUGCGGAGAACAGAAUAUAGCUCGUCGCAACAAGCACAACAUUUCACAUCUUCCACAUCGAAAGAUCUGGUUAAGCUGCGGAACGACAACAAGAGGCGGAAACCGUCCGCAAACAAAGAUGAUCCGAUCAACAUCAUGCGACACAUUGUGAAGGGCUUCGACAUUGCAUACCCCAAAGAUGCGUACAAGGGAGAAGACAGCACCGAGAAUCUGCGUGGUGCACAGGUAGCCGAUGCCGAGCUCAAGGCAUGGUCAAAUCCCAAGCACCCCAGCAAUGCCGACCUUAAGCUUCUCGAUUCGUAUCCGAUCCUGCCAGAUCCAGACGCAAUUCCUUCAGUAGGAUUCUACAUGAUCAUGAAAUACAACGCAAACCCCUCAGAAAUCCGCGACAAAUACGACGAACGUCUCGAUACUGCGCUCAUGCGACCCGUCGCCGAUGAGAGCGCAGAAGAGCAGUAUCAGGAGAAGCUACGAGAAUGGCACGAGUCAAAUUCUUCGAAACCUGAGCCAAUUCGCGAGUACGACUACGACUACUAUCUCCCUACAAACGUAGACGCUAUUCGUGGCAUCAAGAGAAGGCUGGAUGUCAACGAUCCUGAAAAGGAUGAGGAUACCCUUUACACUAACGACAAUGGUGAGGGCGUGAAGUGCUUCAAGUACAAGAGGAUACGAACGUACGAGACGAAGGAACAGGCUGGUGACAGACACAACACAUACAACAACUCUGUGGCUCUUGCACUACACGACGGUGAUGGAGAUGCUCACAAUGUCCGAUUACAAAAGGGCGCUUACUUCUAUCCGAUCGUGCAGAGGACGUUACUGCGACCAAAGCGGAAUACGCAAGCGUUGCAGUACACAGCAGAGUCGAAGAUUGACGAGUUGAACGUAGUAAUAGGCGAUGCCAGGGCGGAGGAAUGAGCAAUCUUGUGGCGAACAGCACGUUCUUGAGAAGAGGCUGUCGCGAUAGUUUCCAGCGAGAACAGUCGAUAGUCGUGUACCACUACAUCACGCCUCGAGGCGCGUGUUGAAACCGGCA